AUGAAUGCAACAAUAACAUCUAUAACAAUGGAACAUGAUGAUUUAUUUUAUAAAUAUAUGCGUUUUAUUAAUUUUAUUUUAUCAUGCACAGGUCUUCUAUUCAAUUUGUUAUUAGUAAUUAUGCUUUUUUUAAUUGGCCGUCGUCAAUGUGCAACAUAUUCUUUAUUAAUUCUAAUGGCAAUAUGUGAUUUUCUAUACUGUACAAUUUAUGUAAGUAUUAUAUUAACAGUUGAUCAAUAUAUAAAUAUAAUAAAUCAUCAAAUAAUGUGUCCAUUAUCAUUUUUUUUAACACCAUUCACAUUUACUGGAUCAAUUUUAUUACUUUUUAUUUGUCUUUUACAUUUAAUAACAAAUUAUGUACGUAAAUAUGAUACUAUAUUGGGUCAAUUAGGUGGACGUUUAUCAAUUGUAUUUGUUUUGGCAUUUAUUAUUAUUCGUAGCGUACUUGGUUCAACAUCUAUUGAAUUAGUUGUACCUGAUCCGGAUAUGCCUCAAAUACGAUUCUGUACUAUUGAUAUGAAUACUCCAAUAAUUGUUGCAACAAUACAAAAAAUUAAUCAUAUAUUUGCUGAAGUAACUGAUAUACUUAUUUAUAUUGGUUGGAUUGUUGUUUUAUCUAUAUAUUUUAUUAGUUUAAUUCGUUGUAAAAAAUUGCAUUCUAAUAAUCAAACAGAUCCUUCAUCGUUAAUAGAUAAACCACUUCCAUGUACAUCAUUAUUAGCGAUUAAUAAUAAUAAUAAUGGUGUUAAUAAUGGACAAAGUAUUGUAACAAUGCAUAUGGAAUCUCUUGAUAUGUUAAGUAUAACGAAUCAACCAACAGUAACAACCAUAAUAAAUAAUAAACAAAGACAUAAUGAUAUAUCAUUAAUAAUUCUUUCAAUUAGUUUGAUUUCUGUUAUACUGUAUUUACCAAUAAUGGCAAGUAAAUAUUUGACAAUGUAUCGUGUUUAUCGUGAUGAAGCACUGUUAACAGAACAACAUGCGCAUUUUUUACAAUUAUUGCAACAUACAGCACAUUUAGUUUGUUUAUCAAUAAGAUUUUUACCAUAUUUUAUAUUUGAUAAACGCAUUAAUUUAUUUAUGAAUCAGAUGAUUGGAAUGAAAUGUAUGAAAACUGAAAGAGAAAGAACUUUAUCAAGAAAACGAAAAUAUAAAUUAAAACAUAAAUAUAUUUGGCAUUGUCAAUGCCAUCGACGACAACAAGUAUUAGAAUUUAGCAAUAAUAACGACGGAACAUAA